AUGCCGAUGCCGAGCACAAUCAGGAUUAUCAAGGCGACGACUAUCCAGAACGCGGCGACGGGGAGGCCAAGGAUUCGUUUUCGGUUGGUGUCUCCAUUUUGUGCAUCCUUUGUUGUUGUUGGUGGCACCACGACUUCCGGGGCCGCAUCUCCCGUCUUCUCCCACGGCGCCAGUUGCUUGUACUGA